AUGCAAGCAUCCAGUUCACCUUCCCUCAAACGUCCACCAUGGAGGGUACGUCGCACAACUCACCCGAAUCUCCCUCCCAGCUCUCCCUCCCCCAUCUUCGACUCUGCGCCAAACCCCUCUUCUACCAGCAGCAUGGUAGACUUUGGUAUCAACGACACGCCUGACCCGCCCGUGAAUUCCGAAACCGACCUGAUAUCCUUUGACACGGAUGGCUUUGGCGACGACACGCCUAAGCCACCCAAAAGUCCCGAGUCUGACCUGAUAUCAUUCAGCCCGGAGCGUGGCGACAAGAGCACGCGCAAUCCCCUCGAGAACCCCCAAACAAACCCGAUCAUCUUCGGUCCAGAUGACUUUGGCGACAACGACACGUCUAAUUACCCGGCAAACCACGGACUCGACCUCAUUUUCUUCGGCCCAGUGGAAGAUGGCAUCUCCAAUCUCACGAUAAACCCUGCUCCCUCCCCCGAGCCCAGAGAGGGUUCAUUCAUCAAAUUCACUCAGAAAGGCAUCUCUGAUCUCGCCUCUGCAGCCGGCCUGACCAACGAAGAGAGACUGUCACUCGUCCAUGCCGUCAGUGUAUUUAUGGAAGGUUGGGGUCACGAAGAAAUCCCUGAAACACCCAAAUGGAACUCCCAACUCGGUCGGAACUUCUCUCCCUUCGAAUACUCGGUCGACUUUAAUCUCAAGACGGGCAAGAAGAAAGUUGGCUUUCGUUUUGAACUUCCACACGGAAACACCAUCCAGGCCAUGCAAGAAAGCGCCGACAAGCUCACCGACAACCUGUCGUCCACCUAUUUCGAGGUCGUCUUACACGGAUUCUAUCUUGUCAGAUACAUUUUCUUUGUGCCUUAUCAUCUCGGGCCGUUUGUAGCCUGGUUUGGCUACGACGAUCUUGCUUGGAAGAUUUAUUUCGACAUUCGAGCCCAAGGUCAAGACAACGCGGGUCGUCUCAUCUACCAAGCUCUUCAUCAUCUGGACAUGACCAAAGCCUGGCAUGUGAUUGACGACGUUAUCGAUUGGGGAUUCGGACUUCCCAUCCGGCUCGGUGUUGAUCUCGUCAACGAAGAUUAUGCACGGGUUGAAGUAGUCGUUGACUUCUGGGGACAGACAUUCAAGAAUUUCGCACACAGCGCUACGGAGAGAUACUACCCACGGAACGAUGAGGUUGCCACUGAAGAUGAAGUCUUGCGACUCUGUAGGAUCCUUUUGGGUGUUGAAGAUGACGAUACGAGCUGUAUUGGAGAAGCUCCUCUCAUAUCGUACUCAUUCACUCACGCGAAGGACCGAGAUGUCAAUCUUGAGAUGACCGUUCACAUUCCGGUUGGGUCAUACAUGCAUGAUGAUGCGCAGUUUCAGAAACGAGUGGAGGAUUGGGUGAGAGGAUUGUCGCAUGUUUUGAGUGAACAACAGAUUGACAAUUUUGUUGAGUCGUAUCAAGAGUGUUUGAAGGCGAUUGCGAGGAGACCUUUGGAGGAGGGAAGUGGUUUGCAGUCCUGGUUUUCUUUGAAGGAGAGUAUCAAGGAUGGAACUGUUGUUACGGUUCAUUUUUCGACCGAGAUGUAUGGUGCGUUGCCUGUGAUGGAGACAGUCGCAGGCCUAAGUGUGCCGUAG